AUGGCUCCUCCACUCAUUGCAAUCUUGACGCCGCUGCUGCUGCCGCUGCACCCGCGCACCGCGCCCUAUCCUCCCACCCUCAUCUACCUGCCCCUUGACUCCCUUCGUCUAUUGCUCCUCUUUGUUCAAGAGGCACCUCACCACAAGGCAUGGGACGCCGUUGCUGCCCUGCGAGCUCUCUUCUUCGGCCCACUCCCUUCCCAUCCCUCUUUUCCUCCCCAUUCCUCCUCCUCCUCCUCCUCCCAUCACUCUCCCACUCAUCCCACGUCGGCGUUUGUGGUGGGGGCAGUGCCGCUGCCGCAGCAGCUGCAGGCGGGCUUGCAUCAGAGGGCAGGGCAGGCGAGGAGGCUGGUGGAGCAGCAGUUGCGAGUGAUGAAACAGAAGUUGUUUGCGCAUCUCCCCAUCGAACGACACAUACAGUCCGAUGCUGCAGAGGCAUUGGAUGUGGAGCAGGCCGAUGCAGCGUGCUGGCUCUAUGACAACUCCCUGCAGCGACUCAAAACAUGUGGAUUGCUCACAGAGGGUGCGUCCUUUGCUCGAGAAGGCGAGCUGGCAGCUGUCUUUUCAGCCUACCAUGCAGCAAGAGAGGCAGCUGUGGGAGCGUUGGAGGGGAGGGAGAAAUAG